AUGGCGAACGAGGAUGCUGUUCGCAUUGACUUCGAAGACCAGAGGAAGCUUCGAGUAGACGACAACUUCUCCGACGAGAGUCACGGGGCCAGAUAUCCCGCCGUGCCCUGCAACACGCCCGUAGGGCUAACGCCGAUCGGCCGGCGACCAACUCUGGCUGAGUACGUCUGGCGAGCGAGCGCGUACUACUUGAAACUUAUCGCAGCGUCGACGGCGUACUGCGCGCUAAUCAUCGCCAUCGGUGUUGUCGCAGACUCGAGCUUCCCGUACUGCGAGCACCCGAUCAAGUGCUUCGACCUCGGCCGUGAGCUGGAGGCCAGCAUCGACGCCAGCGUGGACCCGUGCUCGGACAUGUACGAUCACGUCUGCGGACGCUGGUCCGAGCAAUACCCCGGAAAGCGACACCAGUUCGCGCUUCUCAACGAGCGACUUCGUUUCGUUCUCUUCCGCGCGGCCGAGGAGUCGCGCGACCAGAAGAACGCCGCGGAAAAGGCCGGUCUAGCCCUGACUUCCUGCAUGAGAGUCUGGAGCAACGGAGACGUCGACAAUGCUGGCUCCAUCAGCGACGUCCUCAACCGACGCGGUCUCACCUGGCCGGCGACAACGAACGUAGCACUGCGAGACGUAUUUCGCCAGCUGGUCGCCUUCACGCUGAAGGACGUCAUCAGCGUCUUCUUAACGCUCAAGGUGUUCACCCAUCUGAAGGCGCAAGACAGGUACACGUUCGAGAUAAAGUACCCGGAGCUUGUAAUGGAGCCCAUUCUUGACCCCGAGGAGCUGCAGACCUGCAUCAGGACCUACAACAGCAGCGUCGACGUCACGGGACUCGCGAUGCAGAUAAUAAACCUGGAGCUGGACUACGCCACGAGCAUGGCGGUCAACUCGGCUUACGACUACUCGCCCAAGUACCACAAGUUCGGUGACAUCGACGCAAUGUACAACUCGUCAAUCGUCAGCUCAGACUGGUGGAUGGACGCCAUCAACGAACACUUGCCGAGCGACGCCGCUAUUGGUUCGGAAAGCGUCUUCCUGCUCUACGACGAGUUCGCCCUGUCUUCGGUCAUUGACAUUCUAUCCGCCUAUUCGGACAGGACUAUGAACCUGCAGAAUUUCAUUGGUUGGAAGAUAGUCAGGUACCUUUCCUACGGGGCCUCCAGCCAACUGUCCACUUGCGACUUCCGCGGCGAACAGGGCAACUGGACCUUCACGUUCCCCGUGGCUCUGAAGCACUGUAUAAGUUACGUGAACGAGAUCCUUCCUUACGGCCUCCUGAACCUACAACUUACUGGCAUCCUAACGGGCAGCGCAAUUCCUUACGCCCGAAAUUUGACAAAAGACAUACGGCGCACGAUCGAAGUCUCCUACAACUUCUCGUGGCUGGACGAGCAGUCGGCGGCGGGAGCGGUUCGACGACUUCGGGACAUCCACGCCAUCAUAGGUUUACCGAGCAGACUUCUAUCGCAGGAAGCGGUGAAUGUUCACUACAUAUACGUCCCUGGCGUCUACAAAGACAGUUUCUUAAACUGGCUCCUGGACUCAUACCGGGCAGUCGCCGAGCACAAGAUUAAGCUCGUUUAUUCGCCCGGUCACCCCGGUUAUCGCUCCCCGAGCCGCGACGACUGGGAACUGACCGAGGUCACCACGAGCGCAUUUUACCUGCCGACAUAUCACCUGAUCUACGUGCCGGGAUCGCUCCUGAUUCCACCAUUCCAGAGCGAUUCGGCGCCCGACUCGUUCAACUACGGAGGCCUCGGCAAGGUCGUCGCACACGAACUGACGCACGCGUUCGACCCAAAGUACAUCGACACAAACUACGCUCGCGAGCCGGACGUCUUCUACACGCCACAGUUCAAGGAGAAGUUCUUGGCCAAAAUCGACUGCCUGAUUCUUCAGACGAACGCGUUAUCCCAGGAUAUGUCCAUUGGCGAGCGAACCAUUACCGAAUCCUUCGCCGACAACUCCGGUACGGAGCUUGCCUACCUGACCUACUCGGCGCUUGCCGAAGAGAGGCGUAGAGAUGGCGUGGCUGGCUUGACGGCAGACCAAAGCUUCUUCGCUGCAACUUGUUUCUUUUUCUGUGGCGCGGACGGCGAGAAGCAGGUCGAGAACUCGGUGUACCUCUCUCUCAAGGUUCGCUGCAACCAGCCCUUGAUGAACACGGAACAGUUCGCGGAAGCCUUCUCGUGUGCGAUGGGAACUCCGAUGCGCCCGAAGAACCGCUGUGACAUUCACACGCCCAGAAUGAUGUUAAGACGGUGA